CCCCCACUCUCUACUUUUAUUUUACCGUUACGUUCAAUACGGUCGGUCCUCGUGGCUCCCGUGUUCAACCAUGCAUCGGCGCACGAGGUGAUACAGGCCGACGGGAGAAGCCAUUCACGCCGUCUAUGAAGACGGGACGUAUAGGAAUCACUCUCGACAGCCACACAUAAAAAGGCAGCGCUGGCUAGCCGAGAAGUUGCAGCUCCCUUUUGUGAAAACUCUCUCCAUCAUCCUACACCAAAGCGGCCACAUAACCCGUCGGAAACCACACAGCUCUGCACCGCUCUCUCUCUCUCGCGGGACUUGCAGCCCUCUCGGACAUUCCGCCGCUCCCCACCCACCUUGGCCGAUCAGAAGCCAUCGCCGAAUCCCAAGAUGGACCCCGCGGGACUGCCACCCAUAGGUAUGACGGGCGAUGCGGCCGCAAAGAGCUACAUGCGCAAGUACCUCUUCCUGCAGCUGGUGGAUCGCGAAAAGGCCCGGGCCGAGGCCCAGGCCGACGACGACGAGAAAGAGAGGACGCACGUGGCGGCGUGGGAGCACGCCGUGGCGGAGCAGGCGCGGGUCGACGCCGAGACGCGGCGGCUGUGCGAGGACGAGGGCUGCACCUUGGACCAGUUCACCACCCACACCCAGCAGGCCAAGGCGUACGUGACGCAGAUGUGGGACCACGUCGCGCUGCUGGGGCGCGCCGCCGCGGAUGCGGCCGAGGCCCUGCGGGUGGCCAACCUGGGAGUGAGCGAGACGGAGGGUAAGCUCCGGAUCUUUGACGACGCGGUCAGGCAGGGGGUGCCGUGGGAUAUGCUGGACUUUACCGUUUGAGGGGCGAGAUGUGUGGAGCAAUCUUGGAGCUUGGCAGCCCCCAAAGCACCUAUACACACACAUAACCUGAGUCUGAUGCGAUGAUUAUUGCUUUGCGUUGGGACGCCACCGGGCCUAGCGUGUUCCCGGGAUCUGCAUCUUUUAUUUGGCCGCCGUCGCUCUGACGAAUCGAUAUGUACAUUGCUUGCUCUAUAAAACCCAAUAACCUCGGUGUAAUGCAACCACCAUCGAUCCAACCCUCCAUCACAGGUACACCCUCUGAUACAGGCCGUCGUAUAGGUCCCCGACCCAGC